AGUUCAAAACAAAGAUGUUUUUGUAAUGCAACGAGAUGUCUUUAAAUGCAGCAUUCAAAAGAGAAUUGUGGUAUUUGCAAUUGAGAAAACUAAGCAAUUACGAUAUGAUUUAGUUUAGGGUGAAUUCGUGGUGAUUUUUUGCUUCUUUUCCGUGGUAAUUAGUAUAUAUUUGUAUUAUUCUUCUCUUUGCUGACAUCUUUGUCCAGCAGCGCGAUUGAAUAACUGCAAGCUAGCCGUAAACGGAGGUAGAAGUAAACAAACCAUUUUUCUGCGGAAAAGAACAUUAAUAACUAUGCUGUUACAGUUGCCCGUUUGCUGUCAGUGACAAUCGGCACCAUGUCAGCGUUGUUGUUACAUCACCGUGCUGGCCUGUGUAGAAAAUACAGCACCCGUUUACUGUGGACGCUGUCGAGACGAACCGUACUGGUAAAGAAACCGGUACUCAACUUAAAGAAUGUGCUGUCACAGCGGACAAAUCAACCUCAAAAACUCAUCCAGAGCCUUCUCCACAGGCCCCUGAGUCCCAGUUUUGUGGGAAUUAGCAAAGAAUUAAUCAGGAAUAACCUACUGAGGAAUCCUGUUGGUUUGGUAAAUCUGUUAGGGGCAACAAACUUCUUCAGUACCUCUCAGUCAAAGCAAGAGAAAAAUAAAAGUAACAGACCAAAGGGAAAAAGUCCAGAGGAAGAUGAAGAGGAGAAGAAGCGCCGUGAGCAGGAGGACCAAAUGUACAGAGAGCGCCUGCGGACCCUCUUCAUCAUCGCACUCGUCAUGAGCCUGCUGAACGCCAUCAACACCAGCGGUGGCAACAUCUCAUGGAACGACUUUGUUCAUGAGAUGCUGGCCAAGGGAGAGGUGUCACGUGUGCAAGUUGUUCCUGAGAGCGACAUUGUAGAAAUUUACCUUCACCCUGGGGCAGUAAUCUUUGGAAGACCUAGGCUGGCGCUCAUGUACAGAAUGCAGGUGGCCAACAUUGACAAAUUUGAGGAGAAGCUUCGAGCUGCUGAAGAAGAGCUGAAUAUCCACACCAAGGACAGGAUACCGGUGUCUUACAAACGCAGUGGAUUCUUUGGAAAUGCAAUCUACUCUCUGGGAAUGGCUGCUAUCGGCGUGGCUAUUCUCUGGUAUAUCUUUCGUCUAGCGGGCAUGGGCGGCAGAGAAGGCGGCUUCAGUGCUUUUAAUCAGCUGAAGAUGGCCAAGUUCACCAUAGUGGACGGCAAGUCGGGCAAAGGUGUGAGUUUCAAAGACGUGGCGGGACUGCACGAGGCGAAAACUGAAGUGAAGGAGUUUGUUGACUACCUCAAGAGUCCAGAUCGCUACCUCCAGCUGGGAGCCAAGGUUCCUAAGGGUGCGCUGCUGCUGGGGCCUCCAGGCUGUGGGAAGACGCUGCUCGCCAAAGCUGUCGCUACUGAGGCUCAGGUUCCCUUUCUGGCAAUGGCUGGCUCUGAGUUUGUAGAGGUCAUUGGAGGCCUCGGUGCUGCGAGGGUCAGGAGUCUGUUCAAAGAGGCUCGUGCGCGCGCGCCCUGCAUCGUCUACAUCGACGAGAUCGACGCCGUCGGAAAGAAGCGCUCCACCAACAUGUCGGGCUUCUCCAACACCGAGGAGGAACAGACCCUCAACCAGCUGCUGGUGGAGAUGGACGGCAUGGGAACGACGGACCACGUCAUUAUGCUCGCCUCCACCAACCGAGCAGAUAUCUUGGACAAUGCUCUAAUGAGACCAGGUAGACUGGAUAGACACAUCUUCAUAGAUAUGCCCACACUGCAGGAGAGGAAGGAAAUCUUCGAGCAGCAUCUGAAGAUCCUGAAGUUGACCGAGCCGGCUAAUUUCUACUCUCUGCGUCUGGCUGAGCUCACACCAGGCUUCAGUGGCGCAGACAUCGCAAACAUCUGCAACGAAGCUGCGCUGCACGCGGCCAGAGAGGGACACAAGUCCAUCCACACCUUUAACUUUGAAUAUGCAGUGGAGAGAGUCAUAGCAGGGAGUGUAAAGAAGAGUAAGAUCCUGUCUAAAGAGGAGCAAAGAGUUGUUGCCUUCCAUGAGUCUGGACAUGCUCUUGUGGGAUGGCUGCUUGAGCACACGGAUGCUGUCAUGAAGGUGUCGAUUGCCCCGCGGACCAACGCAGCUCUGGGAUUUGCCCAGAUUCUGCCUCGUGACCAGUACCUGUUCACCAAGGAGCAGCUGUUUGAGCGGAUGUGUAUGGCUCUGGGAGGACGAGCGUCUGAAGCCAUCACCUUUAACAAAGUCACGACAGGAGCUCAGGACGACCUGCGCAAGGUGACCCGCGUCGCGUACUCCAUGGUGAAACAGUACGGCAUGUGCGACAGCGUGGGACAGGUCUCCUUCCCGGACACGGAGCCGCAAGGUGCCAUUGGGCGCCGUCCUUUCAGCCAAGGCCUGCAGCAACAGAUGGACCACGAGGCUAAGGUGUUGAUCGCGCGUGCUUACAGACAGACGGAGAAGCUGCUCUUGGACAACAGAGACAAGCUGAUACUGUUGGCCAAUGCCCUGCUGGAAAGUGAGGUGGUGAACUACAGUGACAUCGAGGCCCUGCUCGGUCCGCCUCCUCACGGACCCAAGAAGAUGAUCGUCCCGCAGAGCUGGGUGGAGGCGGAGAAGGACAAGCAAGACACGGGAGAAGACGAACCUCAGCCGCCUCCACGCAAACGCACAGAGGAGGAGAUGAAUCAUGAGCUGGUCUGAAUCUCAACAAUGUGUGUGCGUUUUUUAAACUGCUGCAUUCGUGUAGGUCAUCAGGGCAAACGGGACGUUUUAUAAAAGCUGGAACUGAUUCCUUUACCUUUUUCCCUCGCUCGGUCGCUGCAUAUAAACCAAUGGAAACAGUAGUCUGUUUAAAGGUCCAGUGUGUCACAUUUAGGAGGGUUUAUGAGCACAGGUGUGAAUAUGGAAGUGUAAAAUCACUUUAAAAGAAAGAUAACUUGGUUUAAAGGCUGCGUUCACCAGCUUGUGCUGCCAUCAGAGCAGCCUGUGAAACAAAAUAAAUAAUACUAAAAAAGAAUGCUCUGUAGUUCUCUGAUAUCCCUGACAAAGGGAGGAGCGAGCGAGGAGUAAUCCGUUUGUUGCAUUCUGCAAUCUCACCACUAGAUGUCACUACUGAACCUUGAAACAGAACAUUGCAAUAAAGUAAAGCCUUUGGAUUUCAAAAAUACAACACUGUGCCAGAAACUGUAUAUGCAGGUGUGAAUGUAACAUUCAUUCAUUGUCUACUGCUUUAUCCCGCAACACGUAUAGUCAAACAAACUUACUGUAUUUGCAUUCAUUGCUGUGUUGGCGUUUAAAUAAGCUAAAGAAAGUAUUAAUGUACUAUAGUACACUUCUUUGGUGACUUGUAUUUGGCAGCGUCCGUGAAUCAAUCGGGAAAAAUGGAGGCUUUAAAAGCUGUUAUGUGGCUGCACACAGAAAGAGAGUGAUUAUUUGUUUGUUAAUAUGACGUCGCAAAGGAUAUUGUUGCCUAAUAUUGAAAUAAAGACAUAUUUAAAUAUUAAA